UAAUAGCUUUCAUUUUCCCCCUCUCUCCUCUCAUCUCAUACAUUAUAUAUUUGCAUUCACUCAAGGCUUGCCAAACUCCAAUCAAUCACUUAAAAAUUUGAAGUUUCACUCGCUCACUCCAUCCAAUGCUUUACCUCCUUAUUUCUUUUGUCUCUUUCAUCCUCCUUUCCAAGUCCUUCACUCACCACAAACCAAUGUUACAGACAUGGGAGAAUAACCUCAGAUUAAUCUCACUCAAGUUUUGGAGUGGAUCUUCAAGUUUUCUCCAGAAAAACUGGAUUUCACUCCAACCCAUCACCUCCAAAUUAAAAAAGAUGGUGACUUCUGGUUCAAAUGUGGAGGGGCAGAGAGAGGAGAGAGAAACUAGUCUCUCUCUCCUGGAUUUGCCCGACUUGGCCUUGGGCUGCAUUCUUGAGAAGCUUCCCCCAUCUGGGUUGUUCUCCAUGGCAGCAGUUUGUUCUUCUCUAAGGGAGAGCUGCAAAAGUGAUCACUUGUGGGAGAACCAUAUGAAGCACAAAUGGGGUACACUUAUUGGGCCUGCUGCUUACAGACAAUGGCAACUGCAUGUGGCCUCAAGAAAUAGAACCAGACAUUACUGUCUUAAGACCAGGAAAAAAGGUUUAAUGGAGUCCCUUGCGGCUAUCAUUUUGCCUUCCACAUGGACUACUCUGCCACAAUCAGUAACUUGUGUGUGUAAUUGUAAAGUGAAGGGUAGUAGUCAUAGUUUACCCGUCCAUUCGAUCAUGUCUCUGUAUCUCUCUCUUGAAAGUGGCAAGUUCUGGUUCCCGGCUCAGGUCUACAACCGCGAGCAUGGUAAUCUAGGGUUUCUGCUGUCUUGUUAUGAUGCACAACUGCGCUAUGAUUCGCGGACAAACACAUUUCAAGCAAGGUAUUCACCUUAUGGGCGGAGGGUAGUAGAGGAAAAUAUACCAUGGGAUAGACUAAGAGCGGCUCCAGUUGAUACUCCUCCUUACAAACUUCAUGUUUCUGAUUGUUUACAUGACUUAAAACCCGGUGAUCAUAUUGAGAUCCAGUGGAGAAGAAACAAUGAAUUUCCUUAUGGUUGGUGGUAUGGUGUCAUUGGUCACUUAGAGUUGUGCAAUGGGAAUGUGAAUCACUGCCGUUGUCACUACAAUGAUAUAGUAGUUCUGGAGUUCCGUCAGCACACUCCUGGAUCCCGGUGGAGACAAAUGAUGAUAAACAGGAAGGACAAUCGAGAAGAAGGCAAUGAAGCAGACGGCUUCUAUGGAGGAGUCCGAAAGCUUUACAACGACGAGGAAAUUGCAAGGUGGAAGCGUUUAUGGCCGAGCCAAGUUCUGGAAUAAACCUUCUACCAUUACUCCUAACCACUCUGUAAAUAAAUAAGCUCCCUUUCCCCCUCUCUUUUUGCUGUUGAGAUGUGAAUAAAGAUCAAAAUAAUACUCCACGUGUUCUCAAGUAGAAACCUCAACAGAAGUAUGUAACUGUUGAGAGCUUAUCCCACAUUAGAAAAAGGGAAGCCGUGCGUAAUAGUUUAAAAUA